AUGUCGUCCAAGAGGAAGAAAAACGACGAAGACGUUUCGGACGUUUCGGACGUUUCGGACGAAGAAAGUGAUGCAGGCAAGUGGAAGAAGAAGUGUCUGGAGACGGGUGUGCAGCUUAAAGAGGUGGACAAAGAGCUGGUGGAAGUAGCUGCGAAGAAUAGAAGGCUAGAAAUGCAAUUGAAACAUGUCAAUGAUGAACGCCUUCGAUCCCAGUCAGAGCUAAGUGCUAGAGGUGUUAUCGAGUGGCUUGAAAGAAAACAUUAUUUCACUCUGAUGCCGGAUGCUGUCAAACGGGGUACUCAACACGGCCGAUGGAAAUGGAUUUUCGCGAAUGAUCCCACAUUCUCCGUUGAACUUUUACAAAGAAAUUCG